GUGUUUUUUGUUUAGACAGCAGGGGACGCGCAGGUGAUUGGCCGCCUAUAACAACGUGACAGAACGGGAUUACCCGGUUGUUCUGCUCCUCCUUGGCUAGCCCCGAAUGGUCUGACGUUAGUCACGUUACCGGGCCCGCUGGCGGCCGCCAUUACUCCGUGCUCUCUACCUGACUUCCUGCUUGGGGUGAGACGUCACGCAAACGGCCGGUCGCGGCCUGGCAUCCCCAGGCUAAUGUGCGGCCCUGGCCUGGAGGAGCAUGUUCCCUAACUCCCCCAGCCUGGGCCACAGUCCGCUCCACAUACCCUCCCAGCGUCCUCAGAACCAACCCGGGGAAGUGUUCAGGAAACUGCUGGAUGCCGACCCGCUGCUUCAGGCGCACAUCACCCUGCAGAAGAAUGCCAAUCUCUCCAGAAUGCUGAUGAGUGGGAAUGUUCUGACAAUGCCCCCAGCGUCCUCACAGCAAUGGUUGUAUGGGAAUCGCAGUCCAUUAGUCGAUACAAGCUCGCUGUCUUCUCCAUUCCAAAAUAGAAAAUUACGAUUUUUACUUAGACAGAUUCUACAUAUUGACUCCCUAUCACGGCGAAGAAGUGAUGAGGGAAAUAAUCCUCAUGAUGUGAAAAGGCAAAGAUAUAAUUCUCCUCAGCAGCCUUCCCCUAUCAUUCACCAAGCAGUGCCUUUAAAAGACCGCCACCACUACUCCAUCCCAGGAUCUGCAGGAUUGCCGUUGCCGCAAGUACCUCCGAACCCUGAUGUAAAUGGUCAAGUUUCAUCUACAGGAGACUCCUGGCUGUUUGACCACAUAGAAACCACUUUGCCUGUUGCUAAUGACAAGCUGAGUCAGCAGAUCUUGGAGUUAUUCCAAGCUUGUCAACAGCAAGUCAGUGACUUGAAGAAGAAAGAUGUCUGCCGGGCAGAACUUCAGAGGGAAAUUGAGCAAAUCUUUCCACAGAGCAGGCUGUAUCUGGUUGGCUCUUCGCUUAACGGGUUUGGCACAAGAAGCAGUGAUGCAGAUUUGUGCCUGGUUUUGAAAGAGGAGCCGUUCCUGAUGAAUCAGAGAUCAGAGGCAACAUAUAUACUCGGCUUACUCCAAAAACACUUCUACACUAGGCUGUCAUACAUUGAAAGACCUCAACUAAUCAGAGCAAAAGUGCCAAUUGUAAAGUUCAGGGACAAAGUCAGUGGUGUGGAUUUUGAUUUGAAUGUGAACAAUGUCGUGGGAAUCAGAAAUACAUUCCUUCUCCGAAGCUAUGCAUACCUAGAGAACCGUGUUCGCCCAUUAGUACUGGUGAUCAAGAGGUGGGCCAGUCAUCAUGGCAUAAAUGAUGCCAGCCGCGGGACCCUGAGCAGCUAUAGUCUUGUUUUGAUGGUUUUGCACUAUUUACAAACUCUACCUGAACCAGUCCUUCCAUCACUACAAAAAAAAUACCCAGAAUGUUUUAGCCCUUCUAUGCAGUUACAGCUUGUCCAUCACGCUCCUCGCCACGUUCCUCAGUACCUGUCCAAAAAUGAAGUACACCUGGGUGAUCUUAUUGUGGGAUUUUUCAAAUACUUUGCCAUACAGUUUGACUGGAAAAACAAGACCAUUUCUGUCCGAGAAGGUAAAGCUCUCCAGAGAACGGACGGCAUUGAAUGGAGGAACAAAUACAUCUGUGUGGAAGAGCCAUUUGACAGAACGAACACUGCUAGAGCUGUACAUGAGAAAUACAAAUUUGACAUGAUUCAGGAGGAAUUCAUGAAGGCAUGGGUCAGAUUGAGAGACAACAGAGACCUAAACAGUGUGCUACCUUUACGAGGAAUUAUUGGGAUGCAAAAAAGAUAGCGUCUUGCAACUGGACCUCUCUCUGAACCCCUACUGUUCAUCUGCAAUAUUCUCGCACCUCAAAACAUUUUCUUUCUUUUUUUCGUAAACCCUCAAGAUGCAUUUAAAUAUAAAACAAACUUUUAGGGUAAAAGUUGUGUACAGUGUAUUCCUUUUUAUUGUAUGUUUUGCUGUACUGUGUAUAUCGGGUGGUUGUUGUACCGUGGCUUAGAUUAACUGCGAGAGUGAAUCAUUACAAUUCUUUUUUUUUUUUUUUUUCCCUGUUCAGAAAUUUGUUCUAGAAUUGCACUACACAUUGAUCAGAUGUAGUCACCUCAGCCUGUAUGAAUAUAUGGCUAUCCCUUUCCAAUGUACUACUCUUCAAUGUUGAAGAUGAUUAACAAUUAAAUAAAAGCUCCAAUAUGUUUACCUCA